AUGAAGGAGUGGACCGAGGCGGAGCUCGACUACCUCGAGCGGCGCAUCCGCGCGACGCCCGCGGACGUCGGCGUCGCGCUCGACCGAUGGGUGCUCAUCGCGCACUCGCCGACGCCCGCGCCGCCGCCGCCGCUGGACCCGAACGCGGACCCCGCCGCGCCGCCGCCGCCGGAGCCGCCGCCGAUCCCGUCGCCCAUCAUCCACCGGAGCCUCAUGGAGGUCUGGGCGGCCGUGCCGCUCGUGCACGCGCGCGUCAUGGACAAGCGCGGCCACGAGAUCUGGCGCAACUCGGACCAGGAGCGGCUGCGCAAGCGCAUCGAGGAGAUCGCCACCGAGGCCCACACGCCCGAGGACGCGCGGGAGAUGAGCCGCAAGGAGCGCGCGGACGAGAUGUUCCUCGACGAGUACUGGUCCUACGGCGAGGUCGACCUGGGCGUCUUCGCGGGCAUCCUGAUGAAGCUGAAGCGCAUCCACGGCCACCUGGGCAAGGAGGGCAUCGGGACCUUCGUGGACUGCGGCUGCGGCCUCGGGAAGACGGUGCUGGCGGCCGUCUUGUGCCACUCGUGGGAGAAGGCCGCGGGCAUCGAGGGGCUGCAGACGCUCGUCGACGGCGCCACGGUGCUCCUCGAGCGGUUCCAGGAGACGGUCUACCCGACGCUGAGCGACAAGGAGCAGGAUGCGCGCCAGGACAUGGAGCUGAGCGUCACGCACGACGACUUCUUCGCGGACGACUCGUGGCUCGCGGGCACGUGCGUCUUCGUGGACCUCACGUGCUUCAACCCGGAGCUCGUGCGGCGCUUCGCCGACUUUAGCCAGGAGCUGAGCCACGGCUCCGUCGUCAUCUCCCUGUCGAAGCGGCUCGACUUCGCCGUGCACCUCUUCCUGCUCUUCGAGGAGGAGGCGGAGUGCUCCUGGGGCGCGACGCACGUCUACGUCUACGAGCGCAAGCCGAACCCCGAGGAGCUCGAGCGGUUCGUCGUGCGCGGCGUGUCGGCGCCGUCGUGCGGCGAGAGGCCCCCGGCGGACGACGGCGGCGAUUCGAGGCCCGUCGCGUCGAUGGACGGCGGCCCCUUUGUCCCGGAGCCCGCGCCGUAUCGGAAGAAGCCCUUGCUCUGGAGGAGGCUCGUCGUGCGGGGCGUGUCCGCGGGCGACAUCGUCGGAAGCGGCGUGUGGGCGGGCGACAUCCCCGCGGACGACGGCGACCGGACGAGGCUCGUCGUGCGGGGCGUGUCCGCGGGCGACAUCGUCGGAAGCGGCGUGUGGGCGGGCGACAUCCCCGCGGACGACGGCGACCGGACGUCGAUGGAGAGCCCGAAGGGAGCGGCCGGCGCGGCGUCCUCCGGGCUCCGCGCGGCCGGCGCGGCAUCCUCCGUGCGCGUCGCGCUCUCCUGCAGCGCCGCGGCGAUCGCAGAGAGGGGUUCGCCGUCGUCCGUCCGCAGCGUCGGCGUGUGCGGUUUUGGGGUUUCGCCGCCGUCCUUCGCCGGGCUCUCGAGGAUGGCCGCAGCGAUCGCCGAGAAGGGCUCCGGCUCCAUCAUCGCUUGA